AUGGCACAUGUGAUGGCCCCUCCUGUGGAAAGUCACUGGAAAAUCGAGAAAGAUUAUCAUAUAGAUGAAGAUCUGGGAUUUGCUCUGCCAACGCCACUGGAAGAGCUACCUUACCCCUAUGAUGCCUGGAUUCUCAUUGCUAAAAAUAUUCCUGAAUUGAUUCAAAAUGGAGAACUACGUGCAAAUGUUGAGAAGUUGCCAAAACUCAGCAUUGAUGACCUACAAGGGCACAAGUCACAGCGCCUUGCACAUUUGGUGCUAGGGUGCAUCACCAUGGCAUAUGUGUGGAAUCAAGGUGAUGGAGAUGUGAGGAAGAUUCUUCCAAGCAAUAUUGCUAUUCCUUACUGCGAACUCUCUAAGAAACUCGGCCUGCCUCCUAUUUUGGUUUAUGCAGACUGUGUCUUGGCAAACUGGAAGAAAAAGGAUCCAAAUGGACCUAUGACUUAUGAGAACAUGGACAUUCUCUUCUCAUUUCCUGGUGGGGAGAGCAGCAAAGGAUUCUUCUUGGUUUCUCUGUUGGUGGAAAUAGCAGCUGCUACUGCAAUCAAAGUAAUUCCCAGUAUAUUCAAGGCAGUACAAGAGCAAGACCAGAAUACUUUGAAAAAUGCACUGAGUGAAAUAGCUUCUUGUCUGCACAAAGCUCUUGAAGUAUUUCACCAAAUUCAUGAUUAUGUGGACCCAAACCUCUUUUUCAAUGUUCUUCGCAUAUACUUGUCAGGCUGGAAAGGAAAUCCCUUGCUGUUAGAAGGUCUGCUGUAUGAAGGUGUUUGGGAUACACCAAAGAAGUUUGCAGGGGGCAGUGCAGCUCAAAGCAGCAUCUUUCAGUGUUUUGAUAUUCUGCUGGGCAUCAAACAGGUUGAAGGUGGAGAAUCUGCUAUAUUCCUCCAGGAAAUGAGGACUUAUAUGCCUCCAGCUCACCAGAACUUUCUUCAAUCGUUAGAGACAGGCCCCUCAGUUCGUAAGUUUGUCCUUUCAACAGAUAAUGCCAGUUUGCAGAACACUUACAAUAAGUGUGUGAAAGCGAUGGUCUCUUUGAGGAACUACCAUUUAAAUGUUGUAGCAAAGUACAUUGUUGGACCUGCACGUCUGCAGUCGAAGGUGCAAAAAACAUCUGAAGAGUCAUCAGAUCCAAGAAAUAAAGGAACUGGAGGCACAGACAUCAUGAUAUUUUUAAAGACUGUAAAAAGUAGAACUGAGAUGUUCGAGGUGAAGAAACAUUAA